AUGUCGCCUUACAGGCUGGUGUUUGGCAAGAUGAGCCAUCUACCCGUGGGAGUGGAGCAUAGAGCGUAUUGGGCGGUAAAUGAGAUCAAUAUGAAACCCAAGGCUUGUGAGGAUGAAAGGAAACUGCAACUUCAGGAGCUGGAGGAGUUAAGUAUUGAGUCUUAUGAGUCUGCAAUGUGGUACAAGGAGAAGACAGUGUUGCUGCAUGCCAAAAACCUCCGGGUCAAGGAACUACAAGCGGGUCAGAAGGUGCUCCUCUUCCAGUCCAGGCUCAAGCUGGUGCCUGGGAAGCUGAAAUCCAAGUGGAUUGGGCCAUACACCAUUGUUGGCCUUCAAGCGAAUGGAGCUGUGGAAAUUCAGGGAAGUGCCUCGAACUCUAUCCCUUUCCUUGUUAAUGGUCAUCGAGUGAAAGUCUUUAGGGAUAAUGAUGAGAACGGCCGAUUGGCUAGAGAAAAAGUUCACACAGACCUAGAAGAAGUUGCCUCUUGGACCCAGCAGCAUGUCCACGCAGCCAGGUCAGGGAAGCUCAUCUCUUCAGCAACCCCCACCAGCGUCUAA